AUGAAUUUAGCCAGGGUGUUAAGUAACUUGCCUGAAAUUAAAGCUUUAUUUAUCGAUGUUAAUUCUCUUAAGUUUUUAUGUGCAGAAAAUGUUCCAAAGUGGCUUCCAGAUCCAGUUUGUAGCUUAAAGCAUUUGGGGUUUAGAAAAUUUCAAUUUGGUGAUUUGGAUCAACUUGAUGGUGCUCUUUGUUUGCUUCGGAACUCACCGACUAUAACACAACUGCUUGUGAUUCACUUGGAGGAAGAGCCUCAAGCUGAUGUGGGACCAGCUUCAAAUCUUUUGGAAGCCCCAAACUGCUUGGGCUGUACAUUGACUCAGUUGCAAAGAGUGUUGAUAACAUGUUUCGAAGGAUCAAGACCGGAAUUGCUUUUUAUAAAGCUUCUUCUUGCUCACUCCCCUUCUCUUGAGAACUGUUACAUUAUCCCAAGUGGAUCUUCUGAUGUUCAAAAAAGACUUGACAUUGCUAGAGUUCUUAUGUUGUUCCCUCGAUCCUCACCUAAAGCAAAAAUUAUCUACUUGAAUGUUCAUUACCCUUAA